AUGCCCUCAAGACUCGACACGCUCUUCGUCCUCCUCGCCUCCAUUCUCGCCUUCAGCCAUGCACACAAUAUCCAAAUGAAGGCGCAUUCGCGAGAAUGCUUCCACGAGAUACUGCACAAGGAUGAUAAGAUGACGGUGACAUUUCAAGUGGGCGAUCGAGAAUUUGGUGGUAGUGGGAACCUAGAUAUCGACUUUUGGAUUCAGGAUCCAUCCGGCAACUAUCAGACCCAACAACGCACAGUCAGCUCAGGAGACUACUCAUUCGACGCACACUCCGAUGGGAAGUACAUGUACUGCUUCAGCAACGAGCACUGGUCGGCGAACACGAAGGAGGUCAGCUUCAACGUCCACGGAAUAGUAUACGUGCCGGAGCAUGAAGCGCCUUCAGAUCCGCUGGAGAAGGAAGUUCGCCAACUCUCCGAGCUCCUCGCACAAGUCAAGGACGAACAGUCCUACAUUGUCGUCCGCGAACGCAUACACCGCAACACAGCCGAAUCGACCAACGGCCGUGUGAAGUGGUGGUCGAUCUUCCAACUUGGCGUGCUAAUCGGCAUCGGUGUCUUUCAAGUCUGGUGGCUGAAGAGGUUCUUCGAGGUAAAGGACAGCACCAAAUACUCUCGUGGUAAUUUGGGAUAG